AUGCACUCCUCUCGCAUCAAAUUCGAGAUUCCCGAUGAACGAACGUUUUCGCCUUUUCCCCGCCUCCCGCCUGAGCUUCGUCAGAAGAUAUGGAGAGAGGCCGUUUCAACCCCGGGAAUGAGCUUCGUCAAGCUGGAGAGCAGGGGCCGCAACUGGAGAUGGGUGUCGAUGAACAGGCCAUUUUCGCAGGUGACUCCCGAUAAUGCCUCCACUAAGAGCGACGACCUCGAUGAGAUAGCCUUGGAGGUCAAGAACGAAGUUGCCCCAAGGAGGUUGUGGGAUACGCGUCUUGUGCCCAUAUCAGCAAACAAAAAGUCCGACAUUUCCAGCUACCAUGGCCUCAACAAACAAAUUGCUGCACUCACCAUAGCAUGUGGAGAGUCCCUAGACGUAGUGAGCAGCCUGGUACGCAAAAAAGGCGCCGUUCGCACGAGUAACGGCAAGCUGCUAGCCUUGCCAGGCUCGUCUGACAUCAUCUUCCUGGAAUAUUUACCUUCGGAGCUCUUUGAAAGCGGUUGCAGCUACGAUAUCGACCCCAACUGCCCCAGCUUAGACAAUAUUCGACGGGUAGCGGUGCGAUACUGUCACCAGUGGCAGGAGAAGCCAGUGCCGUCAGUAUGUCCGUUGUGCGGACUCGUCCAUGAGGCAGCGAGCAACAGCGUGGUCUAUCCGAAUCACCUAUACCAUUUCUUGGCAAGGCAUUUACCAAACUUGGAGGAGUUUUAUUUUGUGGAUUACUUUCUUUUGCGCAAAGCUGCGCAGUCAAAUCCCAGUUCCGGUGAGUAUUAUAACCGCAACUUGCCACAGCGCAAGUACAAAUGUGGUCCCCGAACAUACUACGAAGCAGACGACAAGACUUGGGACGUGAAGCCACAAGUUCUUCGAAUGCAGGAGUGGCUGCAAGACAGAUUCAUCCGCUACUCCAAGGCAAGCCAACUGAGUCGUCACCAGAACCCUGAGAAAGUGAGGUUCGGCAUUUUGGCAUGCGAGUGGGAUAUUGCCCCGCCAGUAUCGCUCAAGACACAAUAUAUACCAUCAACUCCAAAGGGUCGUAACAAGCGUGUGAUUUACGAAGAUCAUGCACUACGUCGACAGCGUCUGCGCCGGAAGUCACGAAUCGCAGUGCCGGUGGAUUCCAACGCUGUGGCUGCCAAUCUGCCAUUUGUUUUCGGCAAUCCGGACAACUCAUUUGACUUUACCUUUGAGGUGGACUGGAGGCGGAUGUAAUGGCAGUUGGACCUGUAACUUGGCUUGUCAUUCAGCAAUCAGGUGAUUUUGUGGAUUGGAUGAUUCAUGUCACGGAAUGGAAUCCGGGGCUGUGGCGCAAAUGGAGUACGGCUUUUUCAUCACCCAUGGUCAGGCAAAGGAAACAAGGGAGAUACGACCUGUAAAAUAGCAAUAUUGAGAUUAGAAAUACCCUAUGAAUUGGACGGUUAUUAUUGUU